GAUAACGUAACGUCGCCUAAGCCAAGCGCUGACUGGACGAGGCUCGUGGCCACGCCUUCUUACUGUAAGCCAUGGAGCCAAACAUAGCCUAACCCGAGGUGAAAGUUGGUUUAUACAGUUCGGUCGUCUGCACUGUGGCGCUUAUGGGGCAGGAAUGCUAUGGUGAAGAUUACCAAGGGCAAUAUAUGGCUGUCCUACAGAGGGCAGUGCUGUGGCUGAACACAUGUUCACAUGAAGGAGAUGCUGUCACUAGGCGCCUGCAGUGGUGGCACACUUCAUGGCUCCAGAUACUCCACUGUAACGCCUGCACUAUGUCACUGGAGGAGCAGGAGAAGCAGGUCCUGAGAUUCGUUCAGGAGGGCAAAAUCCACCUCCUCCAGGAGGAGCUUGAGAGGAACAGCAGGCUGCUGGCCGAUCUCCAUAGUAAACAUUUCGGUAGAUCCGGGGACACUGUGUUACAUUAUGCAGCACGCCAGGGGCAUCUCCGUGUUCUCUCCUACUUGGUGGAGGUGGUGGGCAUGGAUGUGGAGGCUAGAAAUAAUGAUUACAAGAGACCACUACAUGAAGCAGCCUCCAUGGGUCACAGGAACUGCCUGCUGUACCUGCUAAGUAAUGGAGCCAAGGUGGACUGCCUGAAGAAGGCUGACUGGACCCCUCUGAUGAUGGCCUGCACAAGAAAAAACCUGGAUGUUAUCAAAGAUCUCAUUGAGCAUAAGGCCGACCCCACGCUAAAAAAUAAGGAUGGCUGGAACAGUUUUCAUAUUGCGUCCAGAGAAGGUGACCCCGCUGUCAUCACCUACCUGCUUGCUGCAGUCCCUGAUAUCUGGAAUACCGAGAGCAAGAUAAGGAGAACACCUCUGCACACAGCAGCAUUGCACGGAUGUUUUGAUGUGGUGCAGAUUCUUCUAGAAAGGUGCAAUUAUGAUCCAGAUUGUAAGGACAGCUGUGGGGUGACUCCAUUCAUGGAUGCAGUGCAGAAUGGACACCUCCAGAUUGCUGAGCUACUGAUGGAGAAGAAAAAGGUCUGCUAUACAGCUGUGGAUAAAAUGGGAGCCCAGGCACUGCAUCGGGCCGCAGUUACAGGACAAGACCAAUCCCUCCAGUACCUGGUAUCUCACCUUGGUCUGAAUGUGAAUGAAACAGCAACUUCUAUGAAGCUGAGCCCACUGCACUAUGCUGCCAAGGAAGGACAUGUUCAUUCUCUGUCAACCCUGUUAUCCCUCGGUGCUGAUCUAAAGAGCCGAGACUCAAAAGGAAGAUCAGCUCUUCACAUGGCAUGUACUGGUCAGCACGCAGGAUGUGUUGAGUUUCUCAUGAAAUCUGGACUCAAAGACACUGUCGAUUGCAAUGGGACAUUUGCUGAACAGCUAGCUAAAAAAGACGACGUCAAGAAAAUAUUUGCACUUUUUCAAGAACAAGAUAAAAAUGCUAAUUAACCUUGACUGUAAACAGAUGUACUUAAAGACUGCAUCAACCGAUGAACUCUGUAGUUUACAUAUGGAUUGAACAUGUAUAAAACGCUGGGUAACACUGUAAGCCCAUUGCAUUACUUAUCUUCUAUUGAUCCUGCGUUACAGCCUGUAAAACACUUCAUAAUUCUGCAGACUUCAGAGCUGAAAUCUCCCAGCAAUCCUUGCCCACUGAACCCCUUAGUGAACAGCUUGUUUUGCACCUUAGUAACAAGCAAGUCACAUUCCCAGAGCUAUAGGGGAGAUUUAUCAAAGCUGGUAUAAAGGAAAACUGGCUUAGUUGCCCAUAGCUGAUUCCACCUUUAAUUUUUCAGAACUUUUUUACUUUUCCAUUGAUGUAGCUGUAAGAGGGCUUGUAUUUUCAUGAGACCAGUUGUCGUUUUAAUGCACUAUUUUGGGGUACACACGACUCAUUGAUUAACUUUUAAAUCUUUUUUUUUUGUGAGGGGGGGUGAAAAAAACCAGCAAUAAUGUAAUUUGUCUUUUUACAUUUUAAGUUCUGCGACGUUCAUUUAACCCCUUUGCUAUGGCGCUGGAGUGAUAGGUAAACAUGCCGCCCGCUCGCACUCACAGCGGGCACAAUGGCCGGCGGGUCUCCUCUGUUUCUAACAGCAGAGACCCGCGGCUAAUGACCGCGACCAGCAAUAAUGCCGACCGCAGUCAUUAAAGCCUUUUAGAUGCCGUGAUCUAGUGUGACCACGGAAUCUAAAGGGUGAAAAACUUGGAAGCUCGGGCUUCUUACCACCAUCCUCUGCAGCCAAUGAGGGUGCCAGUAAUUGCCAGUAAUUGGUUUCAAUACGCUGGGUCUCUCUGAAGAGACCCAGGGUAUUGAAGCUGCAAUUCUUAUUUUGGCCAGCACGUGGCAGGCCAACAGAGGAAAUGAGCAAUUCUAGUACCAAUAUGGGUCACCACGUCCGAAAACAUCCAUACUAUUAAAAUAUAAAAAUAUUUUUUCAAUACUGCGAAUGGCGUAACGGAAAAAAGGGUCAAAAUGGCUGAUUUGUCAUAUUUUCAUCGCUUCUGUUACCCAAAACAAUUAAAUGUGAUCAAAAAGUCACACACACUCCAAAAGGGAAUCAAUAAAAACUACAGAUCGUCCCGCAAAAAAUGAGCCCUCACACAGCUCAGUAGAUGUAACUAUAAAAAAGUUAUGGGGGUCAGAAAAUGGUGAUUUGAAAAAAAACAACAACUUUUCUUUCAACGAUUUAAUCUAUUUUUACACUAAUUAGACAUUUAAAAAAAACUAUACAUAUGUGGUAUCAUUGUAAUCGUACUGACCUAGAGAAUAAAGGGCACAGGUCAGUUUUGCCGCAAAGGGAAUACUGUGGUAACAAAAUGUGUAAAACGGUGCAGGAAUUGUGUUUUUUUUUUUUUCAAUUCCACCCCAUUUGGAAUUUUCUUUCCCACUUCCCACUGCAUUGUAUAUCAACCAUUGAAAUGAAUGGUUCCGUAUACGGAACGCAAAAAACGUCCCGCAAACAAAAAAAAAAACUGUCGUGUGAAAGAGGCCUUAUACUGCUGCCGAUUGCUCGUUUAUCGGGUAAUCCAGAUCUUUAAGCAUGCUGAAAGAUCAGGAUUCGCUGGCAGCAUAUCGUGCUGCCUAAUAACAAUCUGCUGCUGGCAAACCACUGUACAGCAUGGGGACAAGUGAUGGCAUAGCGAUCGCUCCUCCCCAUGCUGUGGAGGACAUCGCUGCAAGUAAUAGCAGCGGUCUCAUCCGCUAGUUAGCAGGCAAUUCCCGGGAGGGAAUGCUUCCUUCCUGACAAUCAUCUGCCUGAUCACUCCGAUCAUGUCUUAUACACCCUCUAGUUUUACUAUUUUUGCAUGACAAAAACCCUUUAAAAAAAAUUGCUUUGUUCAUCUGAAGACCCAUAACCCAUAAAUUUCUUUUGAUGGAGCUAUAUGAGGGACAACCUGUGGUUUUAUUGGUAUCAUUUUGCGGUACAUGUAUUGAAUGCUUUUUAUUACAUAUUUUUUUUUUUUGGUGGUAAAUAAGUAAAAAGCAGCAAUUCAAAUGUUGUUUUUUUUCCCCAUUCACUAUGUGGAAUAAAAUACAUGACUGUAUAGUUUGAGUAAUUACAGGUGGGGCUAUACCAAAUAUGUAUACACUGUUUUCUAUUGAAGAAAUGAUUUUCAAUAGAAAAAACUGUUGUUUUUUUGGGUUUGGAGAUUUUAUUUUAAUACAUGCGAUGGUUUGAUUCCUCACACAAUGCACCCUGCUAUGUAAUGGUGCAGUGUAUUAUCCUGUCGGGCAGUCCAUUAGGUUGUGAUAUUAGGAAUACAGAUAGGGCAGAACUAGGUUGAUCCGUUGGACCCUCUGCUGUGGUGUACAGACAUCGGCACGCUGUGAUCUCAUUUGCAGUGAUGGAAGGAACCCCUCUCCCUCUGAAACCACUUAGAUGCCGCAGUCGCUGUUGACCACAUCUAAGGGAUUAAGCCAGGACUGGCGAUUCUGCCUAUCUGGGCCAUUAGAAAAAGGGCUUGGCUGUCAUAAGGCAGCUAUGCUCCUGCCCUUCUCUGCACUGGAGAUCCAUGCAGCGCUUAGACUAGGCCGCCGUAAGAAGUGGUGCCUUGCCUAGCCCCUUAGUGACUGCUGUAAAAAGUGCAUAUUGGUGGUCAGUAAGCGGUAGAGUAUACACAUUGUGGUGAUUUACUUUCGGGAUGUGCCAUAUUUACACCAGGGAUUUUAAGAAAAAUACUGGAUCAAAAAUUAAAAAGAAGGUAAAGGGCCUAGGUUUCAGUCAGGGUCUUCGUCACCAGUUUGUGCUGCCCUCGGGAUGAUUUCCUUAACCAAGUGCAUAGCCUGGUUCACAGAAUACUGUGCUUGGCCACAUUAACAGUGAGACCAUACGAUAUCGUGUGCAUGUGCGUCAGGCGUGAGGUAUAGGAGGACAUGUACGUAUCACUGGGAAGUUGUCCCUAAAAUAUAACCUUUAUUCAACACAUAAAAUAGGGUAUUUCCAAAUCAAAUAUACAUACAAAUGGCUAAACCUCAGUAGAAUUUCCACCGGGUAUGAGUCUAUUGUCAAUCACUCAGAUCCCGAUUUAGGACUGCCUACAUGAUAGGGGAGUCACAAAGGGCAGAGACUGAAGGGGGAGAGGGUAUGAAACAGUAUAUUGCCUGGAUACAGACCUCUACCAGACUAACUAAAAGUAGUAUUGCCCUCCCCUAUACUGGCUACAAACUGAAUACUGCUUCUACUAAUACAUGGCUCGACGCGUUUCUUAGGUUGCUAUUGAUAUGCAACCGAGUCUUCAGGAGCACAAGGGAAGCUAUAUCUAGCAGACAGACCUCAGGUGCUGCUGAAGAUUUGGUUGUAUAUGUAUAUCACCACAGCUGCGCCACGUAGCCAUACCCUAAACCAAGACCGGCAAACCGGAUGUCAGUAAAUGUCAGGAGAAAUAAGGAUCAGGUAGCUGGUUCAACACUUGUGGAUACCCCCUGUAUAUUUAAAGAAGUUGUCCAAGUUCAGAGCUGAACCCGGAGAUACCCCCAUUUUUGACCAAGACAGCCUUUCCUGAUAUGAGCAUCGGAGCAUUUCAGGCUUCUUUAGGAGAACUGUAACGUACUAGGCUCUCCAUGGGUAAAGCUAGGUGAAGGCUUCCACCCAGCAGUGAGCCCGGCGACGUCACCGACACUAAUGGACGGGCGUUAGUGCUGCCCUAGCCUGUCAAAUCCUCCCAUCGGAGCCGGUGACUUUAACAGCAACACUGCUAGGAGAAAGCCUCCAACUAGCAGUGUAAAAAAUAUAAACAGCCCUUGCCCUCCAGCGCAAGGCAACGGAGAGCAUGAAAAUGGGGGGAUGUCUGGGUUCAGCUCUGAACUCGGACAAUCUCUUUAACUUUUAUUCCUUCUCUUUUCAAUUGUCAAUGCUGGUUAUUAAACUUUUCUUUGUAUGGAUUGUCCCUUAUAUAUUGUAUUAAUAAAAUUACCUCUAUCUUA